CUCCAUAAACGGCCCCUUUAAGAAAGGAAGUCUGCUGAUAUUGACGGAAUUCCCUGAUCUGGCUUGCGAGAGCUAUGGAAUUAAGAGAGAGAGUGGCUGGUUUCAAACGGUACUGACGGAGAUCGCCUAUACUAUUAUCUAUCGGGGGGGAACUGGCAUUCAUGCAAAACUAAUCAAGGUUGCAGCGGGAUGUAAACUCGUUUCUUUGGUUUACAAAAGAGCGGAUUGCGAUGGCGGGGCUGAGGCUCAAUGAACAGCUUGUGGCUUGGCGGAUCUGAGCAGGUGGACGCUACUGGAUACAUUCAAAGGCAAUUCUCUGUGUUAAUGAAACUUUGCUACGAUUUACGGGCUGGAAAUGCUGUACACCAUGCUAAGGUAAAGCCGCCGACGAGAGGGGUGUUGAACAUGCUAAAGCGGCUGGACAAAAUCAGGUUCAGAGGUCAGAAGCGAGACGACUUCCUGGAUCUAGCAGAGUCCCCCAACGGAUCCGACAAUGAAUGUAGCGAUGACAUCCUGCUGAGGACGAAGCCUUCACUCAAGACACAAGACACGGAAGAACUAGGAGACCCUGCGGGUUCGGGGGCUCUCACCAUGGCUGCAGCAUUUCAAGACUUCCAGAGGAGCGAGUCAGACCGGCUAAAUGAGAUGAAGGGUCAUCUAGAGAUUGCCUUACUGGAGAAACACUUCCUACAAGAGGAGUUGAGGAAGCUACGAGAGGAAACCAAUGUGGAGAAGAUGAAGGAAGAGCUGGAGAGAGAGCGAGGGAAGAGGCUCGACCUCGAACUGAGGAUGAACGAGGUGCUAAAAUCCAGUUUGGAAGACUCGCCGCCACAGCCUGCCCGUAAACCCCCGUCUCCAACGCCUGCUGCCAAUGGCAAAGACGCAGACAAAGACAAGCCGCCACAGGGGGAGACCCUGUACUUGCGGGCAUGGAGAUGGCUCUACGACAGGGUGGGGGUCUACAUAGAAGACUUCCGCUUCGUCCCGGAGGAGAACACUGUGGAGGCUGAGGAACCGCUAAGUGCUAAAAGGCUAACAGAAAAUAUGAGGCGACUCAAGCGAGGAGCCAGACCGGUAACUAACUUCAUGAGGAACCUCUCAGCCUUAUCCAACUGGCACUCAGUAUACACCUCAGCUAUUUCCUUCAUAAUCUACAUGAAUGCUGCGUGGCAUGGCUGGGCCAUCCCCAUGUUCCUCUUCUUGGCCAUCCUGAGGCUCUCCUUGAAUUACCUCAUUGCUAAAGGUUGGAGGAUUCAGUGGAGCAUUGUGCCGGAUAUUACGGAUCCUAUAGAACCGUCAAAGGAUGACUUGACUGUGUCUGAAAAGUUCCAGUUAGUGCUUGACGUUGCACAAAAAGCCCAGAACCUUUUUGGUAAGAUGGCGGAUGUUUUGGAGAAAAUAAAGAACCUGUUCAUGUGGGUGCAGCCUGAGAUAACUCAGAAGCUCUACAUAAGCCUGUGGGUUGCCUUUCUCUCCUCCUGCAUACUGCCCUUUAAACUUGUGGGCUUCAUGAUUGGACUGUAUGCAGGGAUCAAAUUCUUCAUCAUAGACUUCUUGUUUAAGAGCUGUCCCAAGCUGAGGGACAAAUAUGACACACCUCACAUCGACUGGAACAACCUACCAACUGAUCCACAGCUGAAGGAGAGGACCAACGCUACAAUGUCCCGACGGCUGUCUGGGUCUGAGAAGAUUCAGCCUGUGGUGGCAAGAGGUAGCUUAGCAACCGUCCCAUGCGGCGUAAACCUGGAUGGUGACAGUGCCAGGAUUCAUAGCACCAAGAAGGGAGCCUUUCAUGAGAUAUUCAAUGUCUCAGAGAAUGAGCGCCCUCUACCAGUGUGUGAGAAUGGGUGGAGGUGCUGCCUCAUCAACAGAGACCGGAAGAUGCCAACCGACUACAUUCGAAACGGCAUGCUCUACGUUACAGAGAAUUAUCUGUGCUUCGAGAGCUCCAGUUCCAAAUCGGCCUCCUCCAAGAAGAAUAAGGUUAUUAAGCUGGUGGACAUCACAGAUAUCCAGAAGUACAAAGUGCUGUCUGUCUUACCUGGGUCUGGAAUGGGAAUCUCCAUAGCCACUCCCUCCACACAGAAGCCUCUGGUGUUUGGUGCCAUGAUCCAUCGAGACGAGGCCUUCGAGGCGAUCUUCACCCAGUACAUGAAGAUCAUUACCACCUCCAGGCCACCCUCGGGCAGCCCUGAGCUGUAGCCCUGUCAUCCCCAUGGACAGAGGGCUAGGCUGGGAUCAGGGCUGGGCCACCUUCCCCUGAACCCUCCCUGGCUGGAGGAAAGACAAUUGGAGGAAAGUGACAGGACACACACCUCUUCUCCUCCCUCUCUUAUUUACAGUGACUGGACAAUCUUCUCUUUUAUGACUGAGAGGUGUCUGUGCGCACGUCUGUCUGGAGGUGGGACUUGUAGUCCAAUAAGGAUGGUGCACACAUUCCUGCACUCUUUCUAUGUCGGACCGAGGAUGAGGGGGAUGAAGAAGAGGGGAUGGGGGGGACAUUUUUAACACAUCUCAUCAUAGGAGAAGGAGCUGGCUCUCCUGCCUGCUUGCCUGACUGACAGCUUUAAUUCGCUUCAGAUGUGUGUGUGUGUGUGCCUGCCCAGACAGCGUGCGUCUCUACUCACCUGUCUUCUUUCUGUCUUUCUCGCAAAGUCUGAGUCCGUGUAACUGUUACUGCUGGUCAUGCACGGAACCGUACAGACAGUAUGCCGUACGGUAGCUAGAUGUUUGUGUAGAAAACAGAAAGCUGUGAGAAAGUCGAGCCAACAUCUGAACAACGUUCAACAUGACACUAAGCCUUUUUCCAUUAGUUUACAUCGUUGCUGUGGAUUUUCUGUGGAGACACGCACGUUUCAGCAACAAACCGUUUGCUUUCAGGUGUCUUUUUGCAUAUGACGUGUGGUAUGUGUUAUACUUUCAACACUCACUACUGAACUGUACUGUGUCACGUACAGUAGUGGGGACCUUGGCGAUGAUGUUCAUUGUGAAAUGUUUUCAAAUGCCUUUCUUUUGAAUUCUGCUUAUUUUUGUAAUAACCAAUGGAAUGAUGAGGAUCUGGACUUUGUUAAAGUAUGUCCUGGAUCUGUGGAUUGUGUUAUAAAACUAAAGCACACUCGCUGUUAGAGAGACUCAUAACAGACCUAAACCCUGAAUACUGUGUCUAAACUGAAGGUACAUGGUUUAAAUGUAACAUAGCUGGUUCAGUGAACUAAACUUGUGUGCUGAGUAACCCCGAGGCCUAAGACCUAAAGAUGAGUUAAUGCCUUGGCUUUAGCCUCGUAGGCUAACACAUUCUUAAGGUGCAUACUGUAGGUCACAUAACACAGGUUUUGGGCCUUAGUAUGUUUUACUUCAGUCUUUAGUGACAUGUUAUGGUAUAGUAGUACUAUAGUAGUCCUACGGUAAUACCAACCUGUAGUAUUAACACUGGGGUGGUCAGAUGUGUACAAUGUGCUGUCCUGUUAAAUUACUUCUUAACUUGGUUAACUUGACUAGUAACUAGUUAACUCCUGGAUGACUUAUCUCAGUAUUUCAAUGCAAAAUCGAGUCAGUCAACUGGCCUAGUUCUGUAGUAUUCAUUGACAGCAGGAGGAAGUAGAAGUUUGAAAGGAAUAUUUUAAUGUCACUUUAUUGUCACCGUUCUAGAUUAAAAGCGGGUCUUUUAUUUCUCAGAUAGGUUUGAUAUGUAGAAUUGUAACGAAUGCCAAACCAAGUGGAUGUGCACACUUUCUGUGUUUUGUAAGAUGGCUAGAAGAGUUAUUGUGGGUAAAUAUUUCUCGUUUCUCGUUUACUGCAAAUGAGAGGGGAGGUUAUACCAUGCUCUCAGAUCCUUUUUUGCCUCCGCACAACAAGCUAGUCCCCUAAAACGCAUUCAUCUUCCCACACUGUUAACAAGCCCAUAUAAACUUAGUCAGUUAUUGUCUUACAAAACCCAAUCUUCAGUUGUGUUACGACUGGAUAUGAAAUUUCAUUUCUGGAGAUGGUCUAUUGUCUAAGGAACUCAUGCUGUUGGUGUGUUGAUUUGAACGAUUGUCUGACUGUACCUUACUGUAGUCUUAAUGCUUACCUGGAACCUUUCUUAGUCUAUUAGUAACAACUAACUUUGAAAUCUGCAAUCAGGGUCUGUCCUAAAAGAAGCACACUGAAUGUAUUGUGUUACUGCUGUAAACGCUUAGUUACAUUUUUUUUGUUGCCAAAAUGUAAUUUUUCUUUCUUUCUUUUACUGCCCGCCAUACUCUGCCUACACUGAUGUUUACUGAAGGUUGGGUUAAAAACCUUAAUUGAUUUGUUUUUCUUUUGUUUGGAAUGUCGGUUUGAGCUCCAAGCCAUAGGUGGAGUCAUGAAGACUGGACAGACAUCUUCCUUUUGCGUUUGAAUCACUGUGUCAGCUUUUAAAUCUGCUCAGACUGGUCUCAGGACAACCUCUGCUGCGCACCUUCAUCCCAACAGCAAACGUAAGCCUGAUCUCUGAUCUGUUUUAUAAUGCUUUAAUAGCUAAAGCUAAAGUUGAGCUCUUCUGUUGAGUUUGUUGUCAUGGCAAAUACUAUACAUGUACUGCAUAGCGUGGUAAUGAAAGUCAGAGGAGUUGGAUCAAGCAUAUAGUAACAGAUCUGGGACUAGGCUAACAGUAGAUCGACGGUGACAUCAGAGAACAUUCUAGUCAGAUUAUAUUGUACGUCAAUCACGCUGCAAAAACAACUGUCAGUGAUCGUUCUUAUGGUAGUGGCUUGCAGUACAUGCUAAAAUCAUCAUCUUUUAGCUAUUUUUGGAUCACUCACAGGCCUUCCUUACAGACAGCAGAGGUCGUCAUGGCGACUCCGAGAGCUUCUGUCCACUGGUUUCUAUUGGUUUCCACUUCUGUGGCUCUCGUUGUGUUAACCAAGUAUUAGUUGUAACGCAAAUGUAAACAUUAGUCAAUUACUUUCAUGAUAUUCCCAUACAGUAUAUCACUGCAACGUUCAAUAUACUGUAAUCAUCUGUCAGUUGUGGGUAAUUAUUUGUCAUCUGUGGGUCUGAGGACUAAAAUGACAAAAGAGGAAUUUAUAUACAAUAAGGUAAUCCAUUGAUUUUUAAAGAGAACAAUGUCCAUUGUAAAAUAUGUGGUGUCCAUUUUUUUUAUUUAAAUAAAAUGAAUUAAGUAUU